AUGACGGGUUAUUGCCUGCUGACGGCAAUAUGCGGUGCCGCCGUUACGGAUUCGGUGCUGCUGCUGCUGCACUCGGAGCAGCGCUACCCUGCUUGGGGCGGUGCGCCGUUCGCGCGCACCGACGCGUGGCAGGACGUGCGCUCGCUGGUGCCGUGGCCGGCCGGGCUGGCCUCCGUCAGCGACGUCCGCUACGUCUGGCACCGGAACGCCGUGUUGCUCGGCUUCGCGCAGGGAGACCAGUACAAGACGCUGGUGCUGCCCCUGGAGAAGACCGGCUACCGAAAGCGGCCGCCGUCCAGCGAGCACGUGACCCGGCCGUUCGUCUACCUCUGCCCGCUCACCAAGAAGGUGUACCUGCUGGCCGGUCAGGUCCUCGUCUCCAUAGACGGCGGCGCCACGUUCGAACGUACCCUGACCAACGUGACGUUUGGUCACGUUGAGAACUGUUUCACCGACCUCAUCCACCACCACAUCUGUGUCACCAAGGAUCUGGAGCUGGUCGUCAUGAGCUUAGGGUCAGACGAGCCGGCCAAGAUCAGCCUGAAAGACGUCAUCGACGCCAAGAACAUCACGGAUGUGGCGAAGAUAGCCCUGGUAAUGGACCGCGCCGGGGGCGUCACCGUGUUCGGCACCGGCAUUAUCCACCUGGAUCUGCACGACAUCCUCACCGUCGAGGUGGAGGCGCGCGAGGUGUACAACGAGGGCGAGCCGCUGGCCGAGUACGAGCCGCUGAUCGACCUGGAGCUCAGCAACCCGGACAUCGUGGCAGAGGGGCGUCGUGUGAACACCGUAGCCACGCCCUAG